AUAGAAUGUUCCAUUGACCUCGCGUUCAACUGCUCGGGAGAACCCAAACAAGAGAGACCUUGGGUUGUAAACGCGCACUGAGGCAUUCAUAGCAGACGUUCAUCGGAUAUUUCAAUACUUUGUAAUUUAGAGAACAUUUCAAAAUGGGAUUAGAAGCAAGAGAAAUCUCAGCUCCAAGAGUGGGAAGGUUUAAGAUUUACAUUCAGGGAGACUUGAAACACAACCAGACAGCCGUGCUGACUGUUCAUGAUCUAGGAUGCAACCAUUCAAUGUGGACCAAUUUCCUGACCCACCCUUCAAUGGAAGAGAUCACAAAGCGAGCAGCUUUUAUUCACGUGGAUGUUCCUGGGCAAGAAGAUGAGGCACCUGAUUUGCCAGCAGAGUCCCCUCCCAAGAAAGGGUCUGGAAUAAGCGUUUGCUACACCUUUCCCAGCAUGCAGAGCCUUGGCGAGGACCUAGUGUGUGUUCUGGACCAGUUGGAUGUGAAGCAGGUGAUUGGCCUUGGGGAAGGUGCAGGAGCUAACAUCAUCGCCAGAUUUGCGAUGGCCCAACCUAAACGUGUGCUUGGCGUGUGUCUGAUCCACUGUACCGGGUCUACAGCGAACUUUAUGGAGGCAGUCAAGGACAAGGUUAGGACGUGGAAACUUGACCAGAUUGGAAUGAACCCAUCAGCGGAAGCUUACCUGGUGUUCCACAGAUUUGGCUCAGAAUAUAACAUUAAGUUUGAGAAAGCUGAAAACAAGGAGCAGCUCGAGAAAGUGAUUGAGUCAUUCCAGCAAUCUCUACGAUCAAAGAUCAAUGCCAAGAACCUCAAGAGAUUCGUCCAGGCCUUCAUGAAACGUUCCAACAUUGCUGACAACAUUGGAAAAAUCAAGUGCUCUAUCCUGAUGGUGACGGGGUCGAAGGCAUCGGCUAACCAACCAGUGCGCCUGCUGUUUGAGAAGAUGAAUGAUCAGAUCUCCAAGAAGAACACUGAGAUGAUGGAGGUGGAUGGAGUGGCCAAUGUUCUGGAGGAAAGGCCUGCAAGAUUUGCUGAAAGCUUCUUGUACUUCCUGCAAGGAUUAGGAGUUGCUGGUGGGGUACCGAUGAUGCGGGGACAGAGGUCCUCCUCCUUCGAGGGUGGCACUCCCCCCUGCCGCACCAGGAGCAUGUCCAUGGAGGAGGCUGACCAGCCCAGGGGCAUCUACUCCAUGAGCCCCCCCAAGUUUGGUGUAUCACCCCCUAAGAUGAGCUCCAGUCCACCCACAGGCAGUGUGUUAUCCUCCAGCCCCACCAAGAGUUAAACAGGGACCCAGAGAAGAAGAUUGAGGAGGGGGAAGGUGGGAAGGGGGAGUUCUCCAUAUGUAUAUUUGUCAGAGAGAUUGAGGCUUGUAGGUCCGGUCUUGUUUGUCCUUGUCCUUGCAGGGCAUACAGUGUUAUCAUUUUCUGCAGCCAGCAGCUGUGGAAGUCCGUCAGUCAAAGUAGAUUACGGCCAAUGGUAUUGACAGACAGACAAAUGCCCAUUACAACCAUGCUAUGCACUUGAACGACUUGAUUGUUGUAUUGGUUUGGGCUUGUAUGUAUUGAAGAAGUCUUUUAUCAUGCUUAUCUAGAAUUGCAGGUGUUGCUGCCUCAACGGUAGCUGCAGCACUGAGUAGCAUGUUCCCAGGUGUUGAUAACCAGAUGCACACAUGUGCAUGUAUGACAAAAGCAAUCAGUCGUAUUAUCUGUGUUCAGUAUUUCUGAUGUUUGUUUCAUAUUUCCUGGUUACAUAUCUUAAUGGUUGAUGAAAUACAGGAGUUAGGUUGGUGCUUGGUGGAUGUAAUGGACUUGUUGGACUUUUCUUCUGUUGGCUUGACCUGGCUGCAAGACAAGUGUGGGAUAAUCUUUACCAUCAACACUGCAAUAUGCUGCAAGCAAAUGUCAAUAUGUGCGCACAUUUGUGUAUGACUACUUGAAUAGUGCCACUUCAGGAAGCAACAAUGGUGCUAUCCAUCAAAUCAAAUUAAUAUGCAAAGUUGUGUUUCAUAUUAAGGGUUGCCAUUGUAAUUUCAAGCUUCAAGAGUUCUCUCCCUUGUGGAGAUUACAUUUGUCUUGAAGAGAGUUCUCUCCCUUGUGGAGCACACAUUUGUUUUCAUUUUGUUUUGGCGAGGUUCAUUCAAGUAUUUAUGUCGGGCGAUGGUGUUUGCUUAUGGAAGUAUUACAUUGGUAGAGCGAAUUGAAUACAAAUACUCAGCUCAUAUGUAGCAUCUUUGAGCUCUUGAAUGCAUUUCCGCACAUCCUGCAGCAGAUAUUAUGUAGUGCUUGUGAUCAAAUGACAUUUGCUUGAAGCACAGUGAUGUGUGUUUCUUAUAUUGUGAGUACUCAAGACAGCGAAGGUGUUCAUCUAUAUCAGGGCCUGUAUUUCCUGUGUGUGUAUAGUGGGACAUCCAGGGACAUCUUCGGCCUGCUGUCCAGCUGACGGUCAGUGUCCACUCCAUGUUGCUUUCAUCCCGACAGCUUGACCCGACACACUGCAUGAUUUCAUGUUACUGAAGAUGAUCAUUAUCAUAAAAGCAUUCUACAAGUGACCUUCAGGUUGAAUGAAGUAAGUUAAGGAUAUCUCAGCUAAAGUUUACCAUCUUGAUAAUGCAGCUGUUUGUCUAUCAUAAUGUUCUUUGAACAUUGCCGACAAUCCCUCUGCUAAAUGUGUUGUGAAUAUGUCAAAUGAUUCUUCAUGAUGUUAGCUGAAUGAGACUUCUUUACUCUUUUCUUUUCUUGUGAGCAUCAGUGUUUUCAUUGCAAUAAUAGCUUUUUGUGUUACUUGAAAAAAUACUCUGUGUCAUUAAAUGAAAGUAACAUCGGUUAGUCACCUUCAGAAUAUUUUGCUUGAAUUAUUUCAUACAAACAUUCUAACCAGUUAGAAGCAACCGUUGCAGAAACAUGACACUCAGAAUGUAAACUGACUAUCUAAACAGUGGAAAUACUAAACACAGGCAUAUGCGACAGACUUACUAGUGUUCCUUUUUUUGUCAGCCAUCUUGCACCCUACAUAAUGUUAGUGUUGAAUACACUACUGAACAAAGGCAGCACACCAUAUUCAACAUCGUAGACUUGACGUUCCUUGAAUGUGGCUUCUGUUCAUGCCAGAACGUCCAGCAAGUCCUGACAAUCUCAGCUGACAAAAUGUUGUCUUUAAGCAAUUUUCUGUUAAGAUUGGACUCUUGCACACCUGUAGCCUAUAGAUCAUACUUGAAUGUUUGUAGAAGAUAUAUUGUUUCCUUAUCUUUGUAGACAAUAAGUAACUGGGCUCGCUUGUUACAGAUCUAUCCACAAUAUCAUUUGUCAUUCAAUCUCAAGUAGAAAUGUAUACAAUUCUUUGACACUGUGUCAAACAGGGCAUACACUGUGUCCAAGAUGAAAGGUUUGAUUUUUUUAAAGUAAAAUAAUUAUGAGAAAAUUAAUUUUGAAACAAACUGAUAUGAAUACAUGUAUACUGUGUUGACAGAGCUGAUAACAAUGCAUUGUUGCGACGAUUGUCACUGUAGUCUUUGUUUUAUUUCAAUGUUAUUCAUAGAUGUGAUUUUUUGUUGCACUUUUGUACAAUAUCAUCCUAUAUAUUCUUAUGUAUUUUAUAAGCAGAUGGUGGCAAGGUUUAACCGAUACUUAUGAACCACAUAUAAUCAGUCAUUCCCUGUAUCUGCAUUGACAUUAUGUUCUGCUUACAACUGCUCAGAUUGUAUCAAGUGUAAAUUGUAAGUUAUAUUGCAGUCUGAUCUUGUUUUGUCAGUCACUCAUGGGUUGCAGUGAUAUUAUUGAAAUAUCAAUUAGGUAUUAGGUAGUUUGCAAUUAAUUGACAAAAUACAACUGCAAAUACAACAUUGCUGUACUUGGACAGGUUGACAAUAAAUGUUUUCUCUGUUACAUUAAGUAUGCUUUCUCCUUGACAUUAAAUAUGUUUUUUCCUUGACAUUCAAUAUGUCCUCUGCUUGACAUUAAUUUGUAAGAGAAAUUGUAGAACAAGGACUUCCAUCAUGUUUAUUUUGAUGUAGGGAUCUCUGGAAUCUGACAGAUUUCAAAUGUAAAUUCAGUUCAUGUAAUGGAGAGGAAAUAGUGUGUCACAUUUGUAAUGAUACCUCUUUUGUAUUAAACCAAAGGGAGCUGGUAUGAAAGUGUCACUGCCUCAGGGGACUGUUAAGUUGAAUUAUAUGAUUAAGAAUGAAGAGAUCAGAUGGCAGGUUGGGAGAAGCCUUGAGGCGGCGCUUUCCCAGUGACGUUAUCUUGGAAACCAGAAUAAGGCACUUACGAGCCAGGAUGGAGUGUUGAGUGAUGUCCGUGCUGCGUUCUCAUCAACAAUGGAUGCACUGAAACAUUGGGCCGGACACAAUGCCCUGCAAUAAAGAUAGCAACUGCACCCAUGUUUGUUUACUCUGACCAAUGUUGUCAUAGAAGUUGUUUUCCAGUUGUAUUUGAAUGUUCUGAAAUGUUACUAAGGUCAUGGAUAUGCUUGGUGUAACCUGAGACACAAGUUACAGUAUCCUAAAAGCACUGUUCUGACCAGUUUCUAUGAGGAUAAUUUGGUGGUGGAUUGAGGAAGUGAUACGACACGAAAUACUGGCGUGUGCUUGAAUGGUAGAACAGACGUGAUCUAUUCAUGACAAUUGACUUGUUUGUGUCCUAUGUUUGUUGGUUUCAUUAGUAGUUUAGAGUAGCAAGAUUGAAGAAUCCUCUGAUGUCGUACAGGACAUCAAUUUUUAAUCUUUGUCAAAGAGUGUAAUGACUAAGUAUUCGGGGAUUCAGGAUGGUAGUUGUGAACUGUGUUUACCCGAUGUAAUGGAGUGAUACAGCUAAACAUGUGUUGAGCCAAUAUUCCGGUAUUACAUACUGUUUGACCUGAUUGUAAAGCAGGAACUGUGUGAUAUUUAGUCCAUAAGCCUUCUGUACAUCUCCCAUUGUGUACUCAGAAUAGUUGUUUGUUGUCAGAUGUUGGUUUAUGCGAGGUGAUUCAUGAGAAGCAAGUGGUGGUCAUCUUCCUGCCUCCUGUCAGUGCUUCAUUGACAAACAGAUGGCCUUCUAGAUAAGCCGAUAUAUCAAAUCUUUACAUAGAAGCUACAUUUUUUAUGAAUAUUUUAGAGAUAACAGUUAAAGAGAUCUCAAACAAAUCCUAUUUUUGUAAAGCGGCUCCUGCUUAUGAAUUUGUUACUUGUAAGUAGGUCUCAAAAUGUAAGAUAAGCUUGAGAGUCAAUCUGGUCGCUAUUUUGCAGAACUUUGUUCAUGAUUUGACAGAUUGCUGGCCACCUUGGAGCUUGUUCUACUUAUUGUGUUGCUGUGAACCACAGAGCUACUUGUAGCCAGUCAUAGGCCAAACAAUUGCAAUAAGCUAUGGCUGAUCUACUGUGUUGCAGACCCAGAGCAGUAUUACAUCAGGCCAUGAUCACACAUUCUCCCUGUAGCUGUUUGCUAUCUGUUCAUAUCUUAUUUUUAGAAUAUGAUGAAUUUGAAUAAUCAAGAUGAACUGAACCCAUAAACCUCAUUACCGGGUAAUUGAUGUCAAGAUUUUUGAAAUAAAGUAUUUGCAAAUA